CCGGUCUCUUUUCUCCUUCAAUUGGCGUAAGAGUUCAACAUCCGAUGGCGAUUGGAUCACAAGAUUUUGGAAUCUUUUAAAGGAAAAAUUGAUUGUAAUAAUCCCAACUAUUGGCGGUCCGCUUAUAAUAAUCCCAACUAUCGAUUAUUUUAGAAUAAUCCCAACUUUAGGGUCCUUCCGCCAAUAACAGUCCCUGUAAAUAAAUUAAUGUACUUUCUGAAGUGGAUGGGAAGAGAUAUAGCAAAUAAUCUCUAUAAAUAAUCUCAACUUUUAAUUUUUACGCUUAAUUUCUAUUUAAAAUUCACUUUUAUAGAAGGUAAUAUUUGGUCAUGGACCAUUAUUGGCAGAUGAUCCAUAUAGUUGGGAUUAUACAAAAAUAAUCAAUAGUUGGGAUUAUUGUUAGCGGACCGGCAAUAGUUGGGAUUAUUAUUUUCAAUUUUUCCUCUUUUAAAUUCCUCUAUGUCGCUUACGUGGAUCGUCCAACUAGACUUUUUUACUGUUCACAGCAAUUUUUUAUAGAUUUCUUUUCUUUUUCUUUUUCUUUUUCUUUUUUAUUUGUUUCUUUCUUCCCUUCUCUUUCCUUUUUCCUUCUCGGUUUCUAACUUAUUUGCCGUUCCAGGUCCAUCGCACACUACCAAAUUGCCCAAUGGUCAUUGCAUCUCCACCCCUUCUCACUUCAAUUCCUUUUUCAUCUUUCUUUCUUCUUUGUCUUGGGUAUGGAUCUUUGGGUCUGAGUUUACCCCACACCGGAAAUGGCUCGAGCGCCCGGCUUCCUCUUCACCGGCGACUUUUAAGCGGCGUCCAAGCCGCUGCAACUCGUCGCUUCAAGACACUUCAAUCAACCGCGCUUGGCAUCACAAGCCCCAAUUUUGAAUUUCAUGGAAGAGUGACCGAAAGGGGGUAAAUUUAUGGUGAGUGGAAGAAGAAAGAAGAAAGAAUGAGGGGGUGAGAAGUUUACUCGAAACAGGUGGACGAAAGAAGAAAUAAAGAACAAAGGAGAUGGGGGAAGGAUGAAGAGGAGUUGGUGGCCGGUUACAGUGUUGGAGAUGAAAGCUUGGGACGAGAAAGGUACAGGGAGAAGAAGAAAGAGAGAGAAGAAAAGAAGAUACGGACUGAGAACUGCAUAAAAUUCACCUCAAAUUAGAUCUUGUACCACAAAUUAUCUAGUUCAUCUCCCAGCUCACAAACACUGCUCAGGAAAAUUCUGUCAAAAAAAAGCGAUUUGGAGAUAUCACGAUUUCCGUGAAAAUUAACAGAGUGGGCUACUAUGUAAAGAUGGCGAAAUACAAGGGGAGCUUCAUCCGGUUACCCAUGGGACCUCAUAAUUCAAGCCUAUUGAAAUUCCUUAACAUUUUUUCUAAUUUUGUAGGCCACUCAAAGUCGAUGCAGGACGACUCAAUAUCUCUUCAGCACGGGAGUUUAUUAGAAACUGAGGACCACACAUCCAUCUCUAAACUGAUCUUUAAUUAUCAAAUCCAGGCAGCAAUCACUGAAACUAACCAUGUCUUCUCUUCUGGGAAACAACACCAGUUGCCAUUGAUCCAAGCUUACUCAGAUGCCUCAGACGAUUUUGAUCAUUCAGAUGACUCACUUUUUACAGAUGACUCCUUGGGACAUGCAACAUUGCAACCGAGAGCGAUCGUCCUCCUCCUAUUUCAUACCCAGAAGAAAUUAGGAAAUCCAAAUUCAAUACCGCGAUUUGCCUCAAAGCUAAUUUCAUAACAUCAGAGAAUUGCUUGCCGACCGAGAACUUGAAUACGCAGCUAAAAAUCUACAGGAAAUCUCAAAAAAAAACAAAAGGCGUCACAGCAUGACAACUAGGUCCCAAUCCAGAGAUUUCCCAUGGGAUUAGCUAUUUUUCCUUUUGUUAUGUUUUUCCUUUAUAAUUUUCUUUCAUGUACUUUUAUUUUAUUUUUUUCCGUUCUGCUUUGUACUCUUAUUUUAUUUCAAUAAAAUGUCCUUUUUCUAAAAAAAAAAAAAGAUACGGACUGAGAAAGAAAAGAAAACGAAAAAAAUAGAAAAAGUACAAAAAACCACUGGACAAUCCACGUAGGCGGUCAACCGGGAAACCGGUUGAUUACCUAUGAAAAAGUCAAUUUGAUUAAUUUGUAGCAGUUGGCGGACUUGAUUGAUUCGUUAAAAAGUAUAUGGACUUAAUUGACUUUUUGAUAAUAAUAGAUGGACU